ACUAGACAUUCUCCACUGGCUGGUGAGAGAGAGGCUGGGAAGCUAUAGAAACAUCUUCUCAGUCAACCUCUGGGAUCGUUUGAGUCACAAGCCGAAGGACCCGCGGUCUUGGUGCGGUGCAGCGCGUAAGUCGGAAAAUGAACGGCUCUUUGGUUCGCCCCGGGGCACGGCAGUCCUUCCCCUCCCCGCGCUAUGGUAACGCGUCGCUGGGAGACGCGAGGAACUGGAGCGAAGACUCCUUCCCGCAGGGGAGCGGCGAGCUGGAGAGGCUCUUCCUGCUCACCAUUUGGGAGCCCACCACCAUCGCCCUGACCGCCAUGUAUGUUCUGUCCUUCGUGGUGGGCUUCGCGGGGAACAUCAUGUCCAUCAGGGUCCUCACGGGGAGGCGGAGCAAGAGGCUGCCGGGGGUGAGCGCCACCCGGAGCCUGCUGAUCAACCUGGCCGUGUGCGACCUGAUGGUGGUGUGCGUCUGCAUGCCCAUCACCCUCGGCUACAAGAUCUACAAGGCCUGGGUGUACGGGGACUUCCUGUGCCGGGUGGUGCCCUUCACGCAGGCCGUGUCCGUGUCGGCCAGCGUCCUCAGCCUGACCGUCAUCAGCAUCAACCGCUACUACAGCGUCCACAGCCCGCUGAACGCCCGGUCCUUCUUCACCCGGAGGAAGAUCCUCUGGACCAUCGCGGUGGUCUGGGUCCUGUCCUCCGGCAUCUGUUCGCCUCUCGUCUUCAUGAACCAGCGAGACGAGUUCCGGCCCAUCGAGGAGCUGCCCUUCGUCUUCCCCAUAUGCCGGGAGAUCUGGCCCCAGGCCAGGCUCAAGCAGGCCUACAACGUCCUGCUCUUCGUCACCCUCUACUGCGUGCCCGUGGCCUUCAACCUGACCAUCAGCUUCCUGACCGGCCGGAAGCUGUGGCACGCCUCCCGCCACUUCGCCGAGCUCGAGGCCCGCGGCCAGGCCGCCCUCUCCUCCCGCCUGAAGGCCCGCAAGAAGAUCGCCAAGAUGGUGGUGGCCCUGGUGCUGCUGUUCGCCGUCUCCUGGCUUCCGCUCUACGUGGCCGACAUCUGGAUCGACCACGAGGCGGACACCCCGCCCUGGCUCCUGCAGCUGCAGUCCUUCGCCCAGUGGCUGGGCCUCACCAAUUCCAGCCUGAACCCCAUCUGCUACUGCUUCAUAGGCGACCUGUACCGCUCGGCCAAGGUCAUCAAGACCAAGUACCGCCAGAGGUGCCUCACCUUCUUCAGGUCGUCCACCUCUGACUCGCUGCCCAAAAUGCUCGCCAGUAAGCAGCCCAAGUCCGGGCAGCACGGAGAGGCCAUCUGCUGCCGGCUGGAGGAGCGGUUCUCCGACUGGUACUCCCACGGCAGUACGUGCGAGACCACGCUCGGCUCCGGUCAGCAGGUACCGCUUCACGGCGUGUUAGCCCACAGAGACUUCAGGGACAUGUCUGGUCACACAGGCUUCUAACCUGUAAUCGUAAUCAUUUCUUCCAGAGAGAGGAGGGUACCGUGUGCUGCAUCACCGUAGAUUGACCAUCGUCAGCGUCCUUUUGUGGAUUGCGCUAAAUGGCGAAAACUGUUGUAAGCUACAAGAUGAUUCUAUGGCCCUUUAGCCUUUGGGGAAAGAAGAUAAGUGACCUCAAGAACAUUGCUAACUGAAGCACAUGCAGCAUUGUUUGGUAUGUAGGGACGGACCGAUGCUUAUUUAAGCAGCUGUACUUUGAAAAGUGAUUUCAAGUGGAAUAUAUUUUGGUAAGCAUAUUGACAAGUGAAAACACCACUACAUCAAAAAACAAUAUUGUUUGCGUCAAAAUAUGCUUUGUAUUUCAGUGUGGAUCUCUACAGUGGGUAAAUUUGGACAAAGCAAUUGCUGGGUUUCAUAAUUGAUGACUCCUGUAGUUAUAUGUUGAUAAUUGAAAACGUAUUUUCAGUGUCAUUAGCAUAACACAUUACUGUGACUCAAUUAUUAUUUUUAACAGAAGCAUGAGACAUAACUCAGAUAUAAAUAUAAAUUUUGUAUGCUACCAAAUAUCUACUGGGGAAAAAAUGUGUGUAUAUAUUACUUCAGAUUACAUUCAUUUGUCCAAUUACUUUUGGUCCCCUAAAAUGGGGGACUAUGUAUGAAAAGGGCUGUAAUUACAUGGAUCACCCAAUAUGGAUGUAAAUGCCCUCAUAUUA